ACCGCCAAUAAAGAGACACUCGUAUUAAAAAUUUCUUUUUAGAAACAUAAUAUGAGUGCCAUAAUCCUUGUGCUGGUAGCCAUUUUGGCUUACAAUUUCUUCUCAAGGAAAGCCGUCACGUGGAGGAGUUCGAAAUUCAAAAAUGACAAGCCAGUAUUCAAAACCGCGCCCGGCCCGAUUCCUUUGCCCGUCGUUGGCAGCUUGCAUUUGCUUGGAAAAAAAGAAUCUCCUUUCCAAGUAUUUACGGAGCUGGCUAAAAAUUAUGGCGACAUAUUUAGCAUUAAGUUAGGCAGUACACCAUGUUUGGUUGUGAACAAUUUGGAGUUGAUACGCGAAGUUUUGAAUCAGAACGGAAAAUUCUUCGGUGGUCGCCCCGACUUCAUGCGGUUUCACAAGCUCUUCGACGGCGACAGAAACAAUUCUUUGGCCCUAUGUGACUGGUCUAAUCUCCAACUAAGGCGUCGCAACCUUGCAAGACGGCAUUGCGGUCCCAAACAGCACACCGACAGCUACGCAAAGAUCGGAACCGUCGCUACAUUCGAGUCUAUCGAACUAAUCCAAACUUUAAAGUCCAUCACUAGAACCUCCGACAGCAGCAUUAACUUGAAGCCUAUCCUCAUGUCUACAGCUAUGAACAUGUUCUCCCAUUACAUGUGCAGUGUCAGAUUUGACGAGAACGAUCCCGAAUUCAGGAAAAUCGUAGACCACUUCGAUGAGAUCUUCUGGGAAAUAAACCAGGGGUAUGCCGUCGAUUUCUUGCCGUGGCUCGCGCCUUUUUACAAGAAACACAUGGAAAAAUUGUCCAGUUGGUCUCACGAUAUCAGAUCCUUCAUUUUAUCCAGAAUUGUUGAACAGAGGGAGCUCAAUUUGGAUGUGGACGUCCCCGAAAAAGAUUUCUUGGAUGGACUGUUAAGGGUUCUACAUGACGAUCCGACAGUUGAUAGAAAUACUAUUAUAUUUAUGCUCGAAGAUUUCCUGGGCGGUCAUUCUUCUGUUGGUAACCUUGUUAUGCUCUGUCUGGCAGCUGUGGCGAGAGAUCCUGACGUCGGUAAGAGAAUUCGGUCGGAAAUCGACGGAUUCAUUAAAGGGAAACGCGCUAUAGGACUAUCUGAUAGAAGUAACCUUCCAUAUACAGAAGCAACUAUUCUAGAAUGUUUAAGAUACGCAUCAUCACCUAUUGUACCUCAUGUGGCCACGGAGAACGCAGCAGUAGCCGGUUAUGGCGUCGAGAAAGGUACUGUAGUAUUUAUCAACAAUUACGAAUUAAAUACAUCAGAACAAUACUGGGAGAAACCGGAUAAAUUUGAUCCUUCGAGAUUUUUAGAGAAGAGUAAGGUGCGGGUACGAAGAAAUUCUCAAUGCGACUCCGGUAUGGAAUCAGACGGUGAAAGAAACGGGCCCAUAGACAAAGCUACUGAGACAGAAAAGGAGGUUACAUCAGUUAAAAGGAAUAUACCACACUUCCUGCCGUUUAGUAUCGGAAAAAGGACGUGUAUAGGUCAAACAUUAGUUACGACAAUGAGUUUUGUUAUGUUCGCGAAUAUAAUGCAAGAGUUUGAGGUAGCGGCUGAAAAUUUAGAUGAUUUAAGACAAAAGCCAGCAUGUGUAGCUUUACCCAAAGACACAUUUAAUUUAUAUCUCGUCCCACGGAAACACUGACUGUAAUUAUUCUCACAUUUUAGGUAUAGACUCUCGAGAUCAGUGUCAUAUUAAUUUGUUUUUUUUUUUACGCUAACCACAGAUUAAAUAUUAGGUUACAAAUGAG